CUUGAUUCAAUUAAAUUUUAAACAUUUAAAUUACGGCGGAAAAAAGCGGAAGCGUCCAUUUUGCAGAAAAAUGGCGACUGUUUAGCAUCACAAACGGCAAUGGCCACCAAAAAUAUAUAAUAUAUGGUGUUGAAUUCGAGAAAGUUUCAUGUUUAUCAAAGCUUGUAGUCGUACGAGACUGUUUUGCGAUAGAAAAAGAAAAAAAUUUAUUUCAUCAUGACUGCAAAGUCAUCAGUUGAUUUGAGGUCAGAACUAGCUGAGCUUGUUAAAAGGAAGGCUGAAAUAGCUGAAACGUUGGCCAAUUUGGAAAGGCAAAUUUACGCUUUUGAAGGAAGUUACCUCGAAGAUACUCAGUUAUAUGGCAAUAUUAUACGAGGAUGGGAUAGAUAUCUAGCGAGUAACAAAAAUACAAAUAGUAAAGCAGACAAGCGAAAUAGAAAGUUCAAAGAGGCUGAAAGACUGUUUUCAAAAUCAUCUAUAACAUCUAUGGCUGCUGUUAGCGGUUUAGCAGAGAAUGCACAGGAAAAAAUUGACCGAUACAGCGAAUCAGAAUCGCAGAUUGGAAAUAGUGGCAGUGAGGACAAUUGCAACUUCAAUAAUUCCAAUGCAAUUUCGUCUAGCAAUAGUAAAGAAACCAGUGGUAAAAAUCACACGUCAGCUCAGACUGGAUAUACCCAAAAUAAUGGUUCCCUUGGUAGUACAGACAGUAACGCUUCAUUUCCAAUACAAUCUAACGGACCAAUAUCUAAUGGUAAUUUAGAUCAUGGUUCGACACCUGUUAAAGAUGGACUCAACAACAGUAAAGAUGCCAAUAAAAGUAGACCCUCGAAUAGCGCUAAAAAGAGUAGUAGUAAGAGAUCGAGAAAUAGGUAGGAUCGGUAAACAAGAUUUUUAAUCACUUUUUCAUUAUGAAUGAAUUUGUUAAAUAGUUCACUUUCCAUUGAACAUUACUAUAUAAAAAAAAGCGUCAUCCAAUGUCAAAUCUAUGAAACUAUAUAGGGUCAUAUGUCGUAUCGAUGGGGCUGCAACGACUUGAUGUAUACCCAUCGUUCUUGAUUGUACACUUGAUUUUCUUUUUCUGUAAUGUAUAUUUAAUGUCUGCGGUAACUUAUUUAUUUUAACAUCUCGAUAUAAACUGUAGCUAAGCAAGUGUAAAAAUGUCCAAUGUCAACUGUAAAAUAUUGUUUGGUAAAUGCGUUGCGGACCCUGAAAAUAAACCUAUUAAAAAAUGUAUAACACUAAGCGCUUAAGUCUCAUUGUUGGUAAAUAGAUUGUAGACGACUAGACGGGCUAUAAUAAAUACAAUCAAUUCAGCAAUUAAUGAGGCAUAAAUACAUAAUAAAAUAAUUAGUACUUUCUUUUAAUAGACGAAUUGAUUGAUGAAUUAGUACAGUACGUCAUAGAUAGGAGAAGAAGAAUUGAUGAUUAUUUAUAUAUUUUUUACAUUUUACGCUGAUGAUACAUUCGGAAUUUUCUGUUCUUUUUUCUAACUUUCAAUGAUGACAUAUACAAUACAAUUUCUUAUUUAACGAACGAAGGAAGUUAAAUGGUGUAAAAUUUGCGAUUGAAUCUAACUGCAUCAAGUUAUAUAAUUGCUAUAAAUUACCUCGAAUUUAUGCAUCUGAAAAUUAUACGAUAUGUAAAACUGUUUUCUGUAGGACCAGAAUUGAAAACCGUGUAAAUUAAUAUUUAAUUGUUUCUUGUAAUUUAUUAUUGUAAUUAAACCAUUUUUUAUCAAUUUGACACGUUGACUUUCUUACAUUUAUUCCAAACCGUUUUGUCCAAUUAGAUUGUACUCUUGAUUAUUUGACAAACUAGGUUUUUCAUUCUAAUUAAAUAAUAUAAAUUUCAAGUUGAUAGGCCUAACGAGAUCAGAAUUUCUAUGCAACGUCGUACGUGCGGUUUUUUAUUAAAUGCGUGACUGUUCUCGAUUUCAACCGCAUGUGGCCAAUAGAAAAAUAUGCAAAGUCUCUGUGGCACACAAGUCUUAGUUUGACUUGGCAUUGAUCCCUCAGC